AUGCCCAACUCGCCGCCCCUGCGGCUACUGCUGCUGCUGCUCUCGCUGUGGGGUCUGCUGCUCCGGAGGGCAGAGACAGGCUCUGAGAGGCAGACGGCGGGGGAGUUGUACCAGCGCUGGGGACGGUACCGCAGGGAAUGCCAGGAGACUUUGCAGGCUGCGGAGCACCCCUCAGGCCUCGCCUGUAACGGGUCCUUCGAUAUGUACGUCUGCUGGGACUAUGCUGCACCCAACACCACUGCCCGUGCGUCCUGCCCCUGGUAUCUGCCCUGGCACCACCACGUGGCUGCAGGCUUCGUUCUUCGCCAGUGUGGCAGUGAUGGCCAGUGGGGACCUUGGAGAGAUCAUACCCAGUGUGAGAAUCCAGAGAAGAAUGGCGUCUUUCAGGACCAAAGGCUGAUCUUGGAGCGGCUGCAGGUCAUGUACACCGUUGGCUACUCCCUGUCCCUUGCCACGCUGCUGCUAGCUCUGCUCAUCUUGAGUUUUUUCAGGCGGCUGCAUUGCACUCGAAAUUACAUCCACAUCAACCUGUUCACGUCUUUUGUGUUGCGGGCGGCGGCCAUCCUCACCCGAGACCGUCUGCUACCUCCACCUGACCCCUACCCUGGGGACCGGGCCCCUACCCUGUGGAACCAGGCCCCAGCCGCCUGCCGCACAGCCCAGAUCGUGACCCAGUACUGCGUGGGUGCCAACUACACGUGGCUGCUGGUGGAAGGCGUCUACCUACACAGUCUCCUGGUGCUCGUGGGAGGCUCCGAGGAGGGCCACUUCCGCUGCUAUCUGCUCCUCGGCUGGGGGGCCCCCGCGCUUUUCGUCAUUCCCUGGGUGAUCGUCAGGUACCUGUACGAGAACACGCAAUGCUGGGAGCGAAACGAUGUCAAGGCCAUUUGGUGGAUCAUACGCACCCCCAUCCUCACGACCAUCUUGAUUAAUUUCCUCAUCUUUAUCCGCAUUCUUGGUAUCCUCGUGUCCAAGCUGAGGACGCGGCAGAUGCGCUGUCGGGACUACCGGCUGAGGUUGGCUCGGUCCACGCUGACGCUGGUGCCCCUGCUGGGCGUCCAUGAGGUGGUGUUUGCUCCGGUGACGGAGGAACAGGCCCGAGGUGCCCUGCGCUUUGCCAAGCUCGCCUUUGAGAUCUUCCUAAGCUCCUUCCAGGGCUUCCUGGUCAGCGUCCUCUACUGCUUCAUCAAUAAGGAGGUGCAAUCGGAGAUCCGCCGUGGCUGGCACCACUGCAGUCUGCGCCGCAGCCUCAGCGAGGAGCCGCGCCAGCUCCAGGAGCGCGUCUCCCGAGCCCUGCCCUUGGGCUCCGGCCGCAGCGAGGUCCCCACCGGCCGCGCCUUGUCCUCGGAGGUCCUUCCAGGACGUGGGGACGAGGCCAAUCGGGUGCUGGAAAGUUUCUGCUAG